CUAAUUUAUUAAAUAAAAUGACCUACGUUUCCUGACAGACGUCCUGUAUUUAUCAAGUCCCAUUAAUAACGCAUUAAAACAUUUGAGUAUUGUCUUUCUUUUUUUGUUCGAGAAGAAAACAUUAACUAAUUUCCCACAGUUGAAGCUAUCUCAUUCAUAACCUAAGACCAGUUGCAGUUAUAAAUGCAACAAUUAAUUAAUUAAUUUACAUAAACAUUAAAAACACUUAUUAAUGCCCAUUCUUUAAUGCAAUCCAAUAACAUCUUUUAUUUCAAUGUUUGCAUAUAAAUAAUAAACCCCCAUUGCUUCAAUUCUCUCUCACGUGUUCAACAUCUCUAUUUCUCUAGUGACAUUUAUCUAUAUAAAUAAACAUAUAUUACAAAAUCUUUAUAAUAUAUCUAUCACUUCUACAAUUUUAUGGUUUCAAGGAGUGCACAGGGCACACUAUGGUGCUUUAUUUGGGCUAUUUCGAUAGCCGUCCUAUUGAAUUCGGGCUUCAUUCAAGCCCGAAGAACUAUCGGGAACAUGAACGUAAUUGACAAGUGUUGGAGGACCAAUCCCAAUUGGCGCAGCAAUCGUCACCAAUUGGCGACUUGUUCCGUUGGCUAUGUCGGCAAAAUGAGAAACAAUACCGGGCCGGACGUGACAAAUUAUAAGGUUACCGAUCCAAGUGACGACGCACUUGACCCAAAGCCCGGAACGCUGAGAUAUGCCAUGACCAGCAUCAAAGGUAAAGUUUGGAUCACAUUCCAACGGGACAUGAGCAUAAAACUCGAGAAACCACUCCUCGUCAACAGUUUCACCACGAUCGAUGGAAGAGGAGUCAUUGUUGAUAUUGCGUACGGCGCUUGCCUACUCCUUCAAGAGGCGAACAAUGUGAUCAUCCACGGGCUCCGGAUCCACGAUUGUGUGGCUCAAGGGGCGGGCCCGGUGAUGGGCCCGAAUGGGAAGAUCGUGCAGCUAGGCCCGGUGGAUGGUGACGCUAUACGAAUGGUGGGCUCUUCGAAGAUAUGGGUCGACCACAACACAUUGUUCGAUUCCCAUGAUGGGCUGAUUGACGUCACUAGGGGUUCUACUGACAUCACUAUAUCGAACAAUUGGUUUAGGUUCCAGGAUAAAGUGAUGCUUUUAGGUCACGACGAUGGUUUCCAAGCGGAUAAGGGUAUGAAGGUCACUGUUGCUUUCAACCAUUUCGGCCCUCAUUGCCAACAGAGAAUGCCGAGGUACAGUUUUACAGCACCUAACAAAAGUUCUAUUCUGAUUUCUACCUUCAUCUACGUUCAAUUAAAGACUUCCUCACAAGCUCGUGCAAAAUUUAUCGAAAACAACAAAAGUAAUCGUUACCAAAUGCUUAUUUGUAGGGUUCGAUUCGGAUACGCACAUGUGGUUAACAAUCUUUACCUAGGAUGGGGACAGUACGCCAUUGGAGGAAGCAUGAACCCUAACAUCAAGAGCCAAGCAAACCUCUUCAUUGCACCAGAAGGAAACAACAAAGAGGUAUGUAUACACAUAUACAUACUAACAUACUAAAAUUAUAAAACUAGGUUCUCAUAAAACUGUAUAAUCCUAUAUUAGCAACCAAACGAAGCCUAAGUUCACGAAGUAAAAAAAAAAAAAAAA